AUGGAGCGCUACGACCGCGGCGACGUCUUGGGCGAAGGUACCUUCGGUAUCGUGUACGCCGCCGUGCAGAAGAGCACGGGGCGGCGCGUGGCCAUCAAGCAGUUUAAGCGCGGCAAGUUCAAGGACGGUGUGGACUUCACGGCUCUGCGCGAGGUGAAGCUGCAGGCGGAGCUCAAGCACGUGAACGUCGUGGAGCUGCUCGAUGUGUUCGUGGCCAACGACACCAUGAACGUGGUGUUCGAGCUGCUGCCGAGCAACCUGGAUGACGUCAUCAAGGACAAGGCCGUGGUGCUCACCGCCGCGGACAUCAAGACGUACAUGCAGAUGCUGCUCAAGGGGAUCGCCUACUGCCACGACCACUACGUGCUGCACCGCGAUCUCAAGCCCGAGAACUUGCUGAUCGGGCCCGACGGCCAGGUCAAGAUUGGAGAUUUCGGUCUCGCUAGGGUCUACGGCAGCCCGAACCGCAACAUGACGUCCAUGGUCUGCACUAUCUGGUACCGGCCGCCGGAGCUGCUCUUCGGAGCGAGAGAGUACAGCGGCUCCGUGGACAUGUGGGGCGCUGGCUGUAUCUUCGCGGAGCUCAUGCUGCGCAUGCCGUAUCUCACGGGGAUGAACGAGCUGGACCAGCUCGGAAAGAUCUUCCACGCGCUCGGUACGCCAACGGAGGACGAGUGGCCGGGAGUCAGCUCGCUGGCCAACUUUGUCGAGUUCACGUCGAGCACGGCACCGCCACUGGCGUCGAUCUUCUCGGCUGCGUCGGAGGAUGCAUUGGAUCUGUUGGCCAAGCUGCUGAAGUAUAACCCGGCGGAGCGGAUCACUGCUGCGGAGGCCUUGAAGCACCCGUACUUCAGCAAUUCGCCAGCCCCCACGCCGGUCGAGAAGCUGCCGUCGACCCCUGCGCCGCCUCAAGCAUGA